AUGAAAGAUUUAAAUUUAAUACCAAUUAGAGUUGUUCCAUGUGAUGAACUUACUAAUCGUUUACAAAAAUGCUAUCGUUCAUUGUUAUUUGAUUUUCAUAAGAUUAAAGAAAAAAAUGAAUUUAAUCAAUUCGAUAGUAUCCAAUAUUUCGAAGCUGAUCGAUUGGAACUUUAUAUUGAUAAGUUAAAUAUAUUUGUUGGUAAUCCAUCCACACAUUUCUCAAACAAAUUACCAAGAAAAAUAUGUGAAUUUCUUAAAGUACCUAUUGAUUUGUUUGAAACUCAUGUACUUACUCUAUUGACAACUUCAUCGAUUGAUGAUUAUUUUAUUCAACUUGGAAUUCAUGUUGCAAAUAAUGAUUCAUCGAAUGAUCAAAUUACUAAACUAAUUGAACGAGAUAAUCUUGAAUUAUUUAAUCGAUUACCACAUUUUUCAUUAUUAUGUACUCCUGAUGAAUUAUUAAUUGCUGGUUUAGAGGCACAAAAUUCAAUAUGGAUCGGAUGUAUCUAUCAUUAUACACAUUUAGAAAAUGCUGUGUCAAUUUUACGUGAUCAAGCGAUUAAAUCUCGUCAUCUUUGUCAAACGAACAAUUUUAAAGACUCUUCAGCUUACGAUUUCAUGUCAGCAAUCGAUGAUCAAGUUAAUCAUUAUGUUUGUUUUUAUUUUCGUCCAAAAAACAUCAACACAAUUUAG